AGGACAUGUCGGACAACUGUUCUACAAGUACCAUCCAGUCGCACUCCGUUCUCUCCAUGAAAUUAAAUCCUUCAUCCUGCAAGAUGACGAGCACGAGCAAGAUACACCGAGCGGCUUACGGGAAUCGUGAUCAUUCCCGUGUGCUACGUGCUUUCUCAUCUGUGUCUUUGAGAUUACCUCAACAUACCAAGAAUAAGCAUCUCAUCAUCUGUGUACAUUCGAGACAAGCACCGCAAGCUAUUAUAAAG